AUGGUGCAAGACGUGUCCCAGCCACCGGGGGAACAAAGCAGUGAGGUACAGAAAAACUUGGUGCUGCUCACGGUUGAGGCAGAGGUGGCUUGGGACUGUGAGGGUCUGGGACUCGGGCUGUUUGCUGCCAAGUGCAGCGGCUGCAUGGAGAAAAUCGCCCCGACAGAGUUUGUGAUGAGAGCCCUGGAGUGUGUCUACCACCUGAGCUGCUUCUGCUGCUGCGUCUGUGAGCGGCAGCUAAGGAAAGGGGACGAGUUUGUUCUUAAGGAAGGACAGUUGCUCUGCAAAAGUGAUUAUGAGAAAGAGAAAGAUUUGUUGAGCUCGGUCAGCCCGGAUGACUCAGACUCAGUUAAAAGUGAUGAUGAGGAUGGGGAUGUUAAGCCCACCAAAGGGCAAGUAGCCCAAGGGAAAGGAAGCGAUGAUGGGAAGGACCCAAGGAGACCUAAGCGACCGAGGACAAUCCUCACGACGCAGCAGAGACGAGCGUUCAAAGCGUCCUUCGAAGUGUCUUCCAAGCCCUGUAGGAAGGUCAGAGAAACACUAGCAGCUGAAACAGGACUCAGUGUGCGAGUUGUCCAGGUCUGGUUUCAAAACCAAAGAGCAAAGAUGAAAAAACUAGCACGAAGGCAUCAGCAGCAGCAGGAGCAGCAAAACUCUCAACGACUAGGACAAGAAGUGAUGUCCAACCGCAUGGAAGGGAUGAUGACAUCUUACACGCCACUUGCACCUCCACAGCAGCAGAUUGUAGCAAUGGAUCAAAGCAGUUAUGGCACAGACCCGUUUCAGCAGGGUCUUACCCCGCCACAAAUGCCGGGCGACCACAUGAACCCUUAUGGAAACGACUCCAUUUUUCAUGAUAUCGACAGUGAUACCUCUUUAACUAGCUUGAGCGACUGUUUUCUUGCCUCUUCUGAAGUUAACUCCAUGCAGGCUAGAGUAGGAAACCCCAUUGACAGGCUGUACUCUAUGCAGAGCUCCUAUUUCGCCUCAUGAAAAUAAAAGAAAACAAACAGUCGGCGCAUAUUUAGCCCGUGACUUUUUCCAGUGCAGACUCUACAGCCAUAUGUUGCCCAGCUCUUCCUUCACAGUGACUCCUGCUGCCUCUGGACUGCAAAGAGCAUUUUUAGGAAGAUGAUGUUUGUAUAUAUGUGUGUGUGAGUGUG